UUUGUUAAAUUGAAUCUCACCAUCAUCGAACGAAUCGCGUUUUUUGAUUCAAUCGCUGAGGCUUAUUCUUAGUUGAGAAAGCUGAAAGUUGCGAACGCCUCUUGUUUGUUACUGUAAUAUAAUAGGCAUGUAGUUGCUAACAUAUCGGUUGGGCAACGUAACACUCAAUCAAUCACCACGCGUCGAGUCAGUAGAAUAGGAGUAAACUAGUAACCGUUGCUUGUUUCCGAAACGGGAGGUUGUAUCAUCAUGGCAGAGCAGAAGAUUAGAAGUGUUUUUAUUCCUUCAUUAUAUUUGUGCUGUAAUUUCUGGAGCUUGGGCUUUCUGAGUUUGCUGCACUCUGUGUAUUCAUUUCAAUGUGAUCAGUUUUAUGGAGCUACUGAGCCGUAUUUUUUAUACAAUAUAAUCGAGUAGUUUCUUGCCAAAAAAAAAUGAAGAGAAAAAGUAAUUAACUAAACUGGAAUAAGAGUUAUAAUGAUAAUAAUAAUAAGGAAACAGUCACCGAAAAAAUAUGUCUAAAUUAGAUUUUAAUAAUCAAUCAUUAAGAGAAAGAAACUUAAUUUCUGUGAUUAAACGCAUCUAUCCUGUGUAGGAUCUAGUUAAAGAAAAGAAGAGAUGAACAAGAAGACGACGAGAUAAGCUCCCCUCCACCUUGUUAUGUGAUACUUUUCUUGAUGGAAUAUACAAUUGUAUCUUGUUUGUUCACUCCUUAAGUCAAGCAUUUCGGAUUUUUGGCCACCGCAACAACCACAAAAAAAGAAAAAGAAUAAUCAAUUAUGCAAGCAAUAAACAAGGAAGCGUCGAAAGCAGGGAUAAAAUUUGUCCUAGUCAGUAAUUAUUAAUUUACCCUGUAUGUGUGUAUAUAUAGAUUAUAUAACUGUACUUAAUGACUAUACAUAUUUUUUUACGACUAUUUAUUUGUGAUCGUCUUCUUUCUGAUAAUUUAUCGCGUCUGCAUUGAACGAGAAACUAUGAAAAAACAAAACGAAAGUAAACCAGUUGCGGUGCCCAAAAGUCACCACGUUUUAAAUGAGACUCAAUAAUAUUACUAAAAUAUUUUUGAACAGAACUAAAAAAAAAUAAUCUUAUUUUUGUACAAAACGGUAUAUUUUGUACUAAUUUCUCAUCGUUGUAUUUUCUAAGGUUCUUUUUAUUUCUAGUUUUUAAUAUAUAUAUCAAGGUUUUUUUCUUUCUUUAUUUUGUAAACAUGUGUUUUCCAAUCGAGGCUCGCAUUCAGUCCAUGCAAAGGUGUAUUUUUUACUUAUUACGCUAAGCUUAUUAUGUCCUAAUUGAAUUAUAUAAUGUAAGCUAGUCUAUAGUUUAGUCUAGCUGUUCUGCGACGCGUCGAACAGCGACGAGUGAAGCGGAGCAAGAGUACAAUAACGAAGUGUAAAAGAAAAAUAAAAGGAUAAUAAGAAGAGUUCAAUUCAUUGAUUUCCAUUAGUUUCAGUUCGAAACUAUAAGUUCUCAAAUAUUUAUCUAAUCGAAGGUAACAUGCAGAUAUCAGUUUUUAUAGCCCUAUGUAUUACGAUCUCGAAUGUAUUGAGUAAUCAUAAAGUAAAUAACACCGAGUAUGUCUCGGAGGAGACGAGCCUCUCCUUACGGGACAUUCUACCCAUCAGGACGAGGUCCUACGACAAGAAUCGUGCACCGAAACUGCAGGGACAACCCACAAUUGUUUACUUCCACGUUACGGUUCUCUCGUUAGAUUCCAUAAACGAAGAAUCUAUGACGUACGUUACCGAUAUAUUUCUUGCACAAAGUUGGCGCGAUCCCAGAUUGCGUCUGCCGGAAAACAUGAGCGAAGAGUACCGCAUCCUAGACGUGGACUGGUUGCACAACAUAUGGCGUCCGGACUGCUUCUUCAAGAACGCAAAGAGUGUUACCUUCCACGAGAUGAGCAUACCCAACCACUAUCUGUGGUUGUAUCAUGACAAAACCUUACUUUACAUGUCUAAGUUGACUCUAGUCUUAUCCUGCGCAAUGAAAUUUGAAUCUUAUCCGCACGACACACAGAUCUGCUCAAUUAUGAUAGAAAGUUUAUCUCACACAGAUCACGAUUUGGUGUUCAUUUGGAAUAUGACGGAUCCGCUGGUCGUUAAUCCGGACAUCGAAUUGCCACAACUGGAUAUUUCAAAUAAUUAUACAACGGACUGCACUAUAGAGUAUUCCACCGGGAAUUUUACCUGUCUGGCAAUCGUUUUCAAUUUACGAAGACGUCUGGGAUACCAUUUAUUCCACACGUACAUCCCUUCGGCCCUAAUCGUCGUUAUGUCCUGGAUUUCGUUUUGGAUUAAACCCGAAGCAAUUCCAGCCAGGGUUACGCUCGGCGUCACAUCAUUAUUAACAUUAGCUACGCAGAAUACUCAAUCUCAGCAGUCCUUGCCGCCUGUCUCCUACGUGAAGGCCAUCGACGUGUGGAUGUCGAGCUGUUCGGUUUUCGUGUUCUUAUCCCUCAUGGAGUUUGCGGUGGUGAACAAUUACAUGGGGCCGGUGGCGACGAAGGCGAUGAAAGGAUACUCCGACGAGGACCUGCACUCGGAUGUGAACGAUUAUAAGGACAUGACUAGGUCGAGGCUUGGAAGUUCUCAGCCACAGUACGACACGUUCUGCAACGGGCGCAGCACGGCCCUCUGCAUCGACCAGUUCUCGCGGUUCUUCUUUCCGUUCUCGUUCUUCAUUCUGAACGUGGUAUACUGGUCCACGUUCCUUUAACGAGCCCAGAUCGACAAGGCCAGGACCUGGAUCAGGACUGAGAGUAGUCCAGGACCUGGCUCGCGCAUCGGUACUGCCGCGGUACUAUUGCCUUCAGCAUCAGUAGCAUCAUCAUCAUCAGCAGCAGCACCACCAGCAUCAUCAUCAACAGCAGCAGCAUCGAAGCCAGCACCGGCGGCACCGUUAUCCUAAUCGAUCUCACCGGAGCACCACCGCGACGGCACCGACGUUCCGUCCCUCUUCCUCCAAGUUCGGCGCGGCCGUUUAAUUGCUGCCGACUGUGUAAUAUAAAUGCAGCAGUUGCAGAGGUCGUUAGUUCUUAUUGGAAAUCGUCUGCAAUCGUAACGACGCCUGAACCGACCGACGUCGACGUCGCCGUCCGUUCGCGUCGCCGCAGUGCCACAAUAAAGUCGACGCCACAUUUAGUCGGCGACCAACAUUCGUGAGUUCAAAACAGACUCAAAAAAUGUACCGUGCUACGAAGAUGAUCCCCGGCCAACAACUACGCAUAUAACGCUGUAUAAAUAACGUAUGAGGAGGUCCGCACUGUGCGGUAGGAAUCAAUGAAGAAUACCUUCAUGGUAAUGGGACAGAAGAAGCAACUUGGUGCCUUCCGGUGACCUUAA